AUGAUAUUUUCAGAAAGCAAAGCAACCCGCCUGAAAGCUAUGGACAAGCGUAUUAAAGACCUGGAGAACACAGUCGCCAGCCUGACGUCGGAGCUGAGAGUGGAUUGUGGUUCUCCAACUCCUGCAGGAGGCACAGACGUUGUCUACAGCUCAACAGGUCUUCACGCCAUUGCCAACUACAGAUGCAAGAAGGGUUUUCUUAGCAUAUACCCUGGUGAACAGAUGAUGAGCUUGUGUCAGAAAGAUGGGCACUGGACCAUGGUCAACGUGAAGUGCGUCAACAUCUCUAGCUGCUGGACGAUAAAUGCUGGAAAAGCGUUUUACACCGGAACUCUAUCAGCAACAAUAACUGGCAAGGUCUGUCAGCGAUGGGAUUCUCAGUCGCCACAAAACCCACAGCGUCAAGGAAGACUUUAA